CUAUGUAACUAAUUCCUUUUCCGGUUGCCCUGUGAGGUAAACAAUGACACGCUACGCUAAAGAACCAGAGAACCCAACCAAAUCGGCCAAGGCCCGAGGUUCUUACCUUCGUGUACAUUUUAAGAACACUCGUGAAACUGCACAAGCUAUUAAGCAUAUGCAUUUGAAAAGGGCCAACCGCUUUUUGAAAAAUGUAAUUGGUCAUAAAGAAUGUGUCCCCUUUAGACGGUUCAGUGGUGGAGUUGGACGUUGUGCUCAGGCAAAACAGUGGAAAGCUGUUCAAGGUAGAUGGCCCAAAAAAAGUGCUGAAUUUUUGCUGCAACUCCUCAAGAAUGCAGAAAGUAAUGCUGAAUUUAAGGGUCUUGACACUGAACACCUUGUGGUAGAACACAUUCAAGUCAAUGCAGCACCUAAAAUGAGGAGAAGAACCUACAGAGCUCAUGGCCGUAUCAACCCUUACAUGAGUAGUCCUUGCCAUAUUGAAAUUGUUUUGGCUGAGAAAGAAACUGUUGUAGCUAGACCAACAGCUGGAGAGGAAGAGCCCAAAAAGAAGAAAGUUUCCAAAAAGAAAUUACAACGCCAGAAGAUGAUGCAGAGGGACUAGAACUAAAUAGAUGAGUUUUAUUUUUGAAUAAAGAUGAUGGUUCACUUA